AUGCCGCACGUCGGCGUUUUAAUGGAGCGUAGUCUCCAAGAACGCAGCCUCAGAGAUGCGUUCGCGGAUCUCUUCGCGCGAAGCGCUAUCGCUGCGCUGGGCAAACGGCAAUCUCUUGAGUCGCUUACGGGUGGAAGUUCUGACCCUAGAGUUGCCUUCUCCAGUUGGGAUAACUGUAUGCAGGCCAAUAUCUGCAAGUGGCCGGCAAUUGCCGUAAUCAUUAUCGGUGGUCUCAUCAUUUUCUCUAUCAUUUGGUGUAUCGCGCGAUGCCUCUGCUGUGGACUUUCGUGCUGUUGCGAGUGUUGCUACUGUCUAAAAUGCUGCGGUGAAUGCUGCGGAUGUUGCGAUCCCCCUAGAGGAAAACGGAACAAGUAUCUCGACGAACCAUUCGUUCCACCGAACCAUGAACAGAACCAGGCCUAUCGCUCGCAAGCGCCUAUGACACCAGGAUUACCCGCAGCACCUUCACCUUCCGUUCCUCAGUAUGCUGUAUUUGACGACGGUAACAAGAAAGAUGCAGACGCAUUACCUGCGAUGCCAAGCUGGGAGGGCGCGAAAUCACAGAAGGUUUUGAUUGAGGAAGAACCCGUCGAGAUGGAACCAUUGAAGAAGCCAGAGAAUGUCCAAAACAACAAUUCUUUCCCCAUGAGCAACUUGCCACCGCAUACGACUACACCAAGCCCAGUUUCUCCCGAAAAUAGAAACCCCUACGGACCACCACCAGCACAAGGCGGACCUAAUGGGUAUAUGGCAGCAGCGCGAGCUGGCCCAGAUCCGUAUUCUGCAAAUGGCCAAGGUUAUGACAACUAUAACGGUUAUAGUGGAUAUGGACAAGCUCCCCAAGAAAAUAUGAACCAGGGAUAUGGCAUGGCAGCUGGAGCAAUGAGGACCCAAACACCUCACCGUGACUAUAAUAACGGUUAUGGAAGAGGUGGGGCUGAGCAAGGUUAUCCCCCCCAAUCGCGAACCCCGAGACCCUACAAUGACGAGUACGGCCGCAGUGCCAGUCCUGCGUCGUACGGUGCCCCGCCUAGCUACCGUACUGCACCGAGCAAUAACGGAUACGGUAAUCCCUCGCGAAUGGCGUCUCCGGGCCCACAAGCAGGUUAUGGCUAUGGUAAUGGCAAUGGCAACGGAGCUCCAUCUCGUAUGCGCACUCCCGGUCCCCAGCCAGGCUACGAUUACCCCCAGAGGUCACAGACACAAACACCCAACAGCUACAACCGCCAAUACCCCCCGGCACCCCAACGACAGUAUUCAAACGACUCUACCCGACCGUUAGUGCAGCCGGCGCAAGACCCGUACUUAGAUGAACAAGGGCAGCGAUCGCCCAUCCAGAACAACAGCGGCUUCGACUUCAACUCUGGUUACAGCCGCUCCGAAACUCCUCCUGCGCAGACGCAGACGCAGACCGCAAAUGGAGGAACUGCUUACCCGGGUUACCGCACAUACCGACCCCAAGGGCAGCCCCAGCAGGAUACCUGGAACGGAGUGUAA